AUGAAGACCUCAUUUUUGCUUGCUAUAGGUCUGGCUGUGGAGGCUUGCCUAGGCCUGGUUUCCGCCCCGAAUUAUGUUCGUCAAAUUAAUGCCACAGACUCUUCCCUCCAAGACAUCGUGACGUGGGAUGAAUACUCCAUCUGGGUACGCGGUGAGCGCAUUCUUCUCCUAUCGGGAGAGUUCCAUCCCUUCCGUCUCCCAUCUCCGGGGCUCUGGCUCGAUGUCUUCCAGAAAGUCCGCGCGCUUGGGUUCUCGGCUGUGUCCUUUUACGUCGACUGGGCUCUUCUUGAGGGUGAGCGAGGAUCCAUCCGGGCGGAGGGAGUUUUCGCGCUCGAAGAAUUCUUUCAGGCCGCUACAGAAGCCGGUCUGUAUUUAACUGCUCGUCCUGGUCCUUAUAUCAAUGCUGAAGUUUCUGGGGGCGGAUUUCCCGGCUGGCUGAAACGGGUGCAAGGCCGGCUCAAGACUACGGAUCAAGGCUACUUGGAUGCCAUCACUCCCUAUAUGCAGGCAAUAGGGCGCAUUAUUGCGAAGGCACAGAUCACAAAUGGUGGCCCGGUGAUCCUAUUUCAACCCGAGAAUGAGUAUACGGCUUGCGUACAGGACGAAGGCUACACGCAAGUCAACAACUACAGCAUGCCCGACAUUAACAGUUCAUGUCUUCAGAAGGAGUAUAUGGCAUACGUGGAAGAGCAAUAUCGAAAGGCUGGGAUAGUCGUGCCGUUUAUCGUCAAUGAUGCCGAUCCUAUGGGCAACUUCGCUCCCGGCACGGGAGUUGGCGCUGUUGACAUCUACAGCUUCGAUGAUUAUCCUUUACAAUGGAGCACAGCACCAUCCAAUCCGUCAAACUGGUCAUCCCUGAUGAGCCCAUUGCUCUCCUACAAUGAAACCGUCCAUGAGGAACAGAGCCCGACCACGCCGUUUUCCAUAUCUGAAUUUCAAGGUGGAGUGCCUGAUGCUUGGGGCGGUGUUGGCAUCGAGACAUCUGCUGCAUACAUCGGUCCAGAAUUCGAACGCAUCUUCUACAAGAUAAAUUACGGGUUUCGCACUGCCAUCCAGAAUCUCUACAUGAUCUUUGGGGGAACAAAUUGGGGCAACUUGGGCCAUUCUGGUGGUUACACCUCGUACGAUGUGGGUGCGGCCAUCACCGAAGAUCGGCAAGUCAUCCGCGAGAAAUACAGUGAAUUGAAGUUACAAUCCAACUUCCUACAAGCAUCGUCUGCUUAUCUCGAGACACACACAGAUAAUGGGAGCUAUGGGAUCUACACAGACGCCACCUCCCUGGCGGUAACCCGGUUAGCUGGGAAUCCUACCAAUUUCUAUGUGGUACGCCAUGGAGAGUUAACCUCGCGAGAGUCGACUUCAUAUAAGCUACGCGUGAAUACUAGCGCAGGGAACCUGGCAAUUCCUCAGCUAGGUGGAUCACUAAGUCUACAUGGUCGAGAUUCGAAGAUCCACUUGGUUGACUACAACGUCGGAAAUGUCAGUCUGAUCUAUUCCACGGCCGAGCUCUUCACAUGGAAGCAGGCAGGCUCAAAGUCAGUGGUUGUUCUCUAUGGAGGUGAAGAUGAGCUCCAUGAAUUUGCUGUCCCUGCAAAUAUAGGCAGACCAAUCUCUAUUGAAGGCGACGGUUUGCAGAUUCAGCAGAUCAACUCGGCCACUGUCAUACACUGGUCAGUCCAACCGUCACGCCGAGUCGUGCAUUUCAGCGAUACUCUCGAGGUGCAUCUCCUUUGGCGCAACGCUGCAUACAACUACUGGGUCCUUGAUCUACCCGUUCCAGGAGCCAUAGGCCGACACGUCUCCCAAUCACAUACCAACCGAUCUGUCAUUGUCAAGGCCGGGUAUCUGCUACGAACUGCCGAAAAAAUUGGCACAUCCCUCUAUCUGACAGGUGACAUCAACACGACCACUACCCUCGAGCUCAUUUCCGCCCCUCAGCCAGUAACUAGCAUUUUCUUCAACAAAAACCGUAUCCCGACUACCGUCACAUCACAAGGCCGCCUCACCGGCACCCUCGCCUACCACAAGCCCAACAUCAGCCUACCAGACCUCACAACGCUCGACUGGUACUACCUCAACACCCUCCCAGAGGUCCACGAUCCCAAAUACAACGACCACCUCUGGACUCCUUGCACACACACCACAACCGCAAAUCCACGCAACCUAACGACCCCAACAUCCCUCUACGCCAGUGACUAUGGCUACAACGGCGGCACCCUCCUCUACAGAGGCACCUUCACUGCAACCGGCAAUGAGACCUCCCUCUACCUCCUCACUGAAGGCGGCUACGCCUACGGCCACUCCAUCUGGCUCAACAACACAUUCCUCGCCUCCUGGCCAGGAAACCCAGCGUCCCUCUUCUCUAACCAAACAAUCACAUUCCCGUCCCCCCUCGCCCCCGGAACCACCUACACUCUAACAAUCCUAGUCGACCACCUCGGCAACGACGAGAACUUCCCAGCGAACGGCGAAUUCAUGAAAGAUCCGCGCGGAAUUCUAGAUUACACUAUUCACGGCCGCGACGACAAAUCAGCUAUAUCGUGGAAAAUGACGGGUAACUUUGGUGGAGAGGGUUACGCUGAUCUGAGUCGCGGUCCACUCAAUGAGGGGGCGUUGUUCGCUAAACGAAAGGGAUAUCAUCUCCCCGGUGCGCCGACGGAGCAGUGGACGAAGAGGUCGCCGUUUGAUGGACUCCCGGAGGAUGAGAGGCCCGGGGUGGGGUUCUUCGCCACGAAAUUCAAUUUGCAAAUCCCGGAUGGGUAUGAUGUGCCUAUUAGUGUUGUGUUUGAGAAUAGUACUAUGGCUGGUGAUGGGUCGGGGCCUGCAAGAUUCCGGUCUGAGCUCUUUGUGAAUGGAUGGCAGUUUGGGAAGUACGUCAAUCACAUCGGCCCACAGCUUAGCUAUCCCGUCCCUGAGGGCAUUCUAAACUACAAUGGGAGCAACUACCUUGCUCUGACCAUCUGGGCUAUGGAUGAGAAGUCGUUCAAGUUGGAUGGAUUGCGGCUGCAGGCUAACGCAGUGGUGCAGAGUGGGUAUCGCAAGCCAAGUCUUGUGACGGGAGAGGUGUACAGGGAGCGGGUUGAUAGCUAUUGA